GCCUCGUUACGGCUACAGCAAGAAAUAGAUAGAAGCAAAACAGGUGGAAAUCUAAUCGGACUGAAAAAAACAUCGAUAAGAAAUUUUCUAAGAGUUGGUUAUAAACAUGGUUGAAAGUAGUCAGAUUGGAAGUGAAGGAACAGCAGGUUCACUGGAACAAAUCAAGACGCCACAAAGACAACAACACGGAAAGGACGGGGCAAUAAUCAGGCCACCAUAUCAACAACGAAGUUUUGAUGGCACCCCACUUUCAAGUAAACUUAAAAGAAAGAGAGAGUCCUUGUCCGACGGAAGACAUGAGCCGGUAAAACUGGCCUCAAAUCCAUUCAACAUGACCGCAAAAAAUUUUCCUAAAAGAAGGCCUCUUGGCAAAACAGCAAUUUUCAUGAACAGAACAAGAACAAGUACCGGAUCAAACCCUGCUAAAGCCCUGGAGCUUGUUAGAUCGGCCUUACAACCAAGUUUGAAUGCUGACAUUGAAAGGGUUCUUCAAAGUUACCAAGAGAUGUUCCGAAUGGCUGCAUAUAACAUUUCAGAUAACACAAAAGAACCACUCACUGAAGAUCAUGUGAAAUACAUUUUGAGAAGAGCUUUAGAUGAGGCUAAGACACUGUUUCAAAGUGAUAAUAAGGAAGAGGAAAAAGAUGAUGAACCACAGAUGGCAGAGAAGAAACGACCAAUGCCAAUUAAACCAGUUAUAAUAAAAAAGAAAAAAAUGAGGCGAGAAGAUCACCGACCAAGAGAUGAUUAUGUUUACCCAGCAUGGGACGAGGCAAGACUGAUAGAUGGAACUGAAUUCAUCAUGGGUGUUAAGGCAAAUAAAAUUCUAGGCUUUGCUUCUGCAAGAGGAAGACUUUAUACAAGGCAUCCAGAUUUAUUCAAGUAUAUGGCUGAUCAAGACGAUAAGCAAUGGCUCUAUGAUAACGGGCACAUGCCAAUUACUGGAGGGAAGGCCUUUGUAAUGAUAGCUGAUGAUAUAAGGACUUUAGCAACAACGCAUCAAGAUUACAAGGAUAAUAUUGGAAUCAAAGCUGAAGAUGUGAAGGGAUUUGUUUUGCCACCUUUUCUCUUCCAAAAGAUGAAAGCUGCGAUAAGUCGUGCUGCACUACUUCGUGAUGUUAACAAACGACCGACUGGAUCUUCUUUGGUCGCCCAGCAAACGCCGGAAAAAUAGCAAAGACUUUGUAGUUAAAAAUACGUUUUAUUUUAUUUCCGAUUGUUAUUUUAGAAAGUGUAGAGUUAAUUAGUUUAUUUAUAAACAGCACAUUGGGUUUCUCAGAA